GUUGCUUUGGUGGAUAUGGUACUUGGGACCCUAGGUUUCUUGGUCUGAUGCGGUGGCGGCUAUUAGAGACUUUGUACUAGGACUGGUUCCAUGUGCAGGCAUCUGAAGAUGAGGGAGGAAGAACAUGGUGUAGAAGAAGCUGGGGCUAAUGCUGAGGUAUCUUUACAGCAAUGGUAGGCUUUGCACUGGGAUGGGGUCGCUCAUUCUCCCCUUGGCAGGUAAAUUGCACCAUCUUCCAGACUGGAAGAGGGGGUCAGCGCCUCCCCUGAGGGACCUGGCACUCGACACCCGCACACAGUCCUGCGCUCCCGGUGGGCUCCUGCACACGCCUCUUUGCAGUCGGCUGCUUUUCUGGAUGAAGAAGCAGCCCGCAGAAAGAGAGGAAGAGAGCAGGGUAAUUUUACCCUGGCCUUUGAUCUCCAUGACAGGAGAAGGGGAUCAUCUCUGCAUCCGGCUCUGCAAGGAGCCUAGGGUCACCAGGGUGAGCAUGCAAGGCCAGCCAGGGGAUUACACAGAGACCUCAGGGAUGCUGUCUGCUAAUAUUCAGUCUUCCCUUCUGCACCUUUCCCUUUUCUAUUUACAGCCCUCUCCCAGCAUCCCACAGAGAGACCACUCCCUCCCUAGUGUGGGGGAGUCUACUCAGAGGCUAGAAAAUUAGGGGGUUCAAUUCCCCUUUCUUCCCACCCACUGCUUGCAUCCCCCUUCCCAAGAGGAAGCGAUGCAGGUGGCUCAGCAGGACAGUUCCCCAGGGUGCAGCACGGGCUCCUCCUCUAACUUUGUUCAAGGGACAUAGCUGCUGCCCUGCAAAGUCAUGGUGAGGCAGAAAAAGGCAGGAGGAGAAAGAAGGUGGAGGAGUUUGGUCUGCUGUGAGCAAGCACCCAAAGGGCUCCAGGUGGGUCUGGCUGCCCACAGAAGUGCUACAACAGGUGCCUCCAGCAAGUUUGUCAGAAAAGGCAGGAGGGAAAAGAGCUCAGUGUCGUCAUUGUGCUGGAGAGCAAAAGAAAUGAAACUGCUUUUUCAAAGGUACCUAACAACUUGGUUUCCACUACUGUCUGAAGAGUCAUUACUUCCAGAAAGCACGGAGAGUGCACCAUUUGGUAGUCUUUACCCAUAAAAACAGUCCGGGCAGCUACCAUGAGCUAAGCUGCAGGUCCACAGGCAACAUGCAUCCCUAAAGUCCCGAUUAGGGCAGUAACAUGCCUUGGCCAGGCUCCAAACUCCAUUCCACUUUCCCUGUUCCUGCUGGACUCCGUUCCCCCAUUUCCUGACCUAAAUUUACAUGACAAGCUCCUCUCCUGCACACCUGCUGUGGUCCUCCUGGGAGGCAGCUGCACUCCGCUGGGGACUAGGUAGCUCACUCUGAACAAAUUUCAUUGGGAUGUGAUGGGUGGAAACGACAGGUAAAGCUGGAGAUAUUAUUAUCGUUUGUCUGUGGCUCCUUGUCCUUCUGAGGCUGAGAACAAUUCACAACUUCAUUUAGAUUGUUCCCUCAAAGGGACUUAAAGGUUCGGAUGGUGUCCUGACCCUGAGCUGCACCUUCUCUAUAUUUAGCCCUUUUUAUCCGUCCUUCACAUCAUGCCCCUGCCCUUUGAUCUUCCUGCCAGCAAAGAAAGCCCCUCGUCUGGUCGUGAAACUUUGCAGGGAAGGUACCUGUGAGCUGGCUCGCCCGUGCUAGUGCCAGGGUUGAGAGAAAAUACACGAUGGAAAGGAAAGAGACUGGUUUAAAAAAAAAAAAAAAAAAAAAAAAACAGGAGACAUGCAUGAGAGUCUUGGGACCCAGCAGGUGCUGGGGCACAUGCAUGCAGCCAGCUUCAGCUGGGGCAGGAACUGUAGGAGAAUGGGAGGAAAGAGAACAAGGCUCCCAUCCGUGUGCAGGUCUGGGCAAACAGAAACAGAAGUCCACAAGAAGUCCAGAAGACUGGAAGGAGGGAGUGAGCAGGAAGAGGUGGCCCAGCAAGAAAAGACAUCCAACACUGAGGGCUGUAGAGACAUGGUGCUGGGGAGGUAGGAUCAGUCCUGGGGAAAACAGACGGGAAGGUUUGCACCAUAAUGAUAGAGCUGGUGUCCACAGAGUGGCUGAAAGUCCAGGUUUGCCACUUGGUGUGCUGGAAGGCAGUGACCAGAGCUGGACAUGGCGUCUGGAGUUUGUACACCGAAGCUGAGGGGCAAACACCACGUUAUCUUGUGGAGCCUCCUACUGAAAGCUGCAAGGCCUUCUCCAGUAUCCCCUCAGUCUGCCAGUUAUCUGAGAGAUGGAGUGAGGUGUCCAAACCCUUCCCAAAGAAGUGCGUUCAGGUGGGUUUUGGGGGGCAGUGUUAUUCAUCCAUGACCAGCUUUGUCCCCUUCUGAGAGGAACCCCAUCAUCACCGUUCUGUUGAAACAAAAGAAGGAAAAAACAGUGGAAAGGAGGCAGCUCAGGUGCUGAUCUCUCCCUGUCCUUCAGCGUAGUUGAGGCUGGCAGCCCCAGGCCGUCUUUGUGGUAUGUGCCUCCAGGCUCUGUCAGUGCAGCCCUGGGCCCCUCUCCUGCUCCCUCACCACAUGCUGGAGCCAGCUGGCCACAUCCAGUGUGGGGUAGGGAGCAGGAAGGAGGCAGCAGUGCUGUAACUCCAGUCAGGCAUGCAGGCAGCAGAUUCAAGGUUGUCCCACGUGGAAGAGUCACCUCUAGCUCAGAAAGAUGGGGGAAAUGGAACAGAUGAAGCAGGAGGCUGAGCAGCUGAAGAAGCAGAUUGCGGAUGCCCGGAAAGCUUGUGCAGACACAACACUUGCUCAGAUCGUGGCUGGUGUGGAGGUUGUUGGUCGCAUUCAGAUGCGGACCCGAAGGACCCUGCGUGGGCACCUGGCCAAGAUCUAUGCCAUGCACUGGUCGACGGACUCCAAACUCCUGGUCAGUGCCUCACAAGACGGGAAACUGAUUGUGUGGGACACGUACACAACUAACAAGGUUCACGCCAUCCCUUUGCGUUCUUCCUGGGUUAUGACCUGUGCCUAUGCCCCCUCGGGCAAUUUUGUGGCCUGCGGGGGUCUUGACAACAUGUGCUCCAUCUACAACCUCAAGACUCGUGAAGGCAAUGUCAAAGUGAGCAGAGAGCUCUCAGCCCAUACAGGUUACCUCUCCUGCUGCCGAUUUCUCGAUGACAACAAUAUUGUGACUAGCUCUGGAGAUACCACGUGUGCGCUCUGGGACAUUGAGACAGGGCAGCAGAAGACGGUGUUCCUGGGCCACACUGGAGACUGUAUGAGCUUGGCAGUCUCCCCGGACUUCAAGCUGUUCAUCUCUGGGGCCUGCGAUGCUACUGCCAAACUGUGGGACGUGCGGGAGGGUACCUGCCGUCAGACCUUCUCAGGGCAUGAGUCUGAUAUCAACGCCAUCUGUUUCUUUCCUAAUGGUGAAGCCAUCUGCACUGGCUCAGAUGAUGCCACCUGCCGCCUCUUCGACCUGCGGGCCGACCAGGAGCUCAUAGUUUACUCUCACGAAAGCAUCAUCUGCGGAAUCACGUCAGUCGCCUUCUCCCGCAGCGGGCGCCUCUUGCUUGCUGGAUACGACGACUUCAACUGCAACAUCUGGGACUCCCUGAAAGCAGAACGUGUGGGAAUCCUGUCUGGCCACGACAACAGGGUGAGCUGCCUGGGGGUGACAGCGGAUGGCAUGGCUGUUGCCACUGGCUCCUGGGACAGCUUCCUCAAGAUCUGGAACUGAGGAUGACAGGAGAGAGGGAAAGAGCAGCGGAAGCACAGCCCAUGGCAGAGAGCAUCACCAGCUGAGCACAACAGAAACGCCUACUUGUCACUCCCGCUUGUCUCUACACACAGGUCACUUGUAGGGGGUCUCUUAGAGUGAAAGGAAGAGAGGUCGGGGGCUGGGGAAGCAGGAGCAGACACACUGGCUCUUCUCCCCACUUCUAAACAAGCCCAGCAGUUUCCAGCCUCUUGUAGGCUUGAAGACUGCAAAACACAACUGUUCUUUACAUCUCAGGACUUUACAAUGCAGUUCAGAUCCCGUGUCUUCCUUCAGA